UUAAGAUAGAUUAAGUCGAUUAAGUAAACGCUGGCGUAACAGCACGUAACAGUUCUUAAAGUGUGAUUCAUAUAAUACCGUUAUUAUUUUUAUUAUUAUAAGAAAAUUUAUAUUAUUAAAUGAAAAACUUUAAAAGAAUGGCUACAAAUUCUGAUGGAAGAGAACUAAAUGAAAACGUUCCGUUAAAGAAAACAGAAAAGAAAACUUGUUUUCAGUACUUAAUUGAAGGACCUAGAUUUAUAACUACUGCAUUUGGAGUUUUCUCAAUAGUUAUAACCAUUGCUUUAUUAAUACAGAUUUAUUAUGGCGAUUUCCAAGUGGUUCCGCAUGGUUCCGUAGCAACUGAUAGCAGGGAAUGUUCACUUAUUGGGACACAAAUUCUAAAACAAAGAGGGAAUGCUGUGGAUUCGGCUAUUGCCUCUGCAUUUUGUCUUGCGGUGGUUAAUCCUCAUACUUCUGGUUUAGAUGCUGGUGGUCAAAUGAUUAUUUACAACCACAGGACACGAGAAAAUGCAAAAGUAAUAGAUUUUAGUACUCGUUUUCAAGAUUUUCCAAGACUUUUAGUAGGGAUGGUUAAAGCACACAGUUAUUAUGGACAGUUAGCUUGGGCGAAAUUGAUUGAACCAGCAGCUGACUUAGCAAUGAAAGGUUCUUUCGUAUCAAAACAACUCCAACAAGCAAUAAAAAACGCAAAGUUACAAAAAUUAUUCCCAUCAAUUCAAGCUGGAAGUAAACAUAAACAAAAAGAUUUAGCGAAUUUUUUAAAAACCACCAUGGAUCUUCCCGAUAUAUACAACCAAAUAAAAACGUUCAAUCAAAGUUUGGAUGAAUCAAAACGAAGAUCGUUUAAAAAUUAUAACGUUUUUGUUCCGGAUGAUGUUUACGGAGAUGAUUUUGUAACCUGGUUAAAUAAAGUUGAAGAUUUAAAUGAUUCUGAAGAAAUUGUGGAUUUUACUUAUGUUUUGGCUAAUUUAUCGAUUGAGUUAUUUGAACAUACUAAGAAAGAAAGAAAGCUUUUUGGGGAAACAACAACAAAUGUUGCUGUUAUGGAUCAAAACGAUUUAUAUGUUUCUUUAGUCAUGGGACUUUCAGAACCGUUUGGUUCAAAAAUAUUCACUGAAACUGGUUACAUUCCUGAUUUGGUGGACACUUCAAGUUUUUUGCCCCUAAUAUUAAUCAAUCGAGAUUUUAUUUGCGCAAAACGAUUCGUGUUGGGGACGCGAAAUCUUAUUACAGCGCUUCAAAUUGUUUCUGGAUUAAUUAUUGAUGGGGAUAACUCAACAGUGGUCAUUGAAAAACCUAGAUUCGAUAUUUUACUGAACAAAUUUAUUGGAUAUGAAGAAUAUCAUUCUCAAACUUUUAACGGGGAUAUAAUUGCGGAUUUGAUGAAGUUGGGGAAUCCAACUUAUCUUCAAGAACCUUAUUCGAGUUGCAAUAUAGUUGAAAAGAUCUCGGAUGAUUUGAAUUCGCAUUCGGAUAGUCGCGGAGGUGGAUUCGCGAGCAGGUUUUAAUUAAAUCCUUUUUUAUAAUAUAUUUAUUUAUUUUUGUUCUUUUUUUAAUAAUAAUAAAUACUUUAGU